CUUCAUGCAAAUAAGAGAAGUUCAUGCACAAGUCCCAUUGUUGUGCGCAGGCGCGACGGUACGUUUGUUUUAAAACGGAACCAGUGUUCGGCUGCAAGUCCAAAACUAAGAAUUCCUGUAACCCGUGCGCAUGCGCAGCAUUUUGACCUCAGGUGACUAUGGCGGCACGUAGCUGGGUGCGCACACUUCAGCUCACCUUAGCUGUAAUUAAGCCUGAUGCUGUGGCCCAUCCUAUUAUAUCUCAGGCCGUACAUCAGAAAAUUUUAAACAACGAUUUCAUGAUAGUGAGAAGUAAAGAGCUUCAAUGGAGAGCAUCAGAUUCACAGAGCUUCUAUCUUGAACACAAGGGACGAUUCUUCUACCAGAGGCUGGUGGAGUUUAUGACCAGUGGCCCUAUGAGGGCUUAUAUCCUGGCACACGAGGAUGCUAUCCAGCUCUGGAGAAACAUGAUGGGACCAACUAAAGUUUUUAAAGCCAGAAUAACUUCACCAGAGAGUUUACGUGGUGAGCUGGGGCUGACGGACACACGCAAUACCACCCAUGGGUCAGACUCCGUUGAAUCAGCCAGUCGUGAAAUCCAGUUUUUCUUUCCUGAAUUCAGCAUUAGUCAUUGGUACCAGGAACAGGAACCUUUGUACCGAUUAGGACCUGUGAGCUACGAUGAGGAGAGACUAGAGCAUCGGCUGCAGUGUCAGUGAGAAUGGACCGUGCGAUAGCGCAGUAUACGUAGACCCUAUAGCUGGGUCUGGUUAGUCCUGCAGGGGCCCGAGACACUAAUGUUGGAUAUGCAGUUUAGCGUAAACACGGAAGCCACCAGAAAUGCAGGAGAUUCAGUGAUUUGCAAAUGGAUGAAGCCAAAUCUGUUUAUUGUAAGCUUUUAUUUCACUAGUGAAGGCUUUAAAUAUUGAUGCAGACAUUGUAAAUGAUACUGAACAGUCAAAAUUAAACUAAAAAUUACAUGUCUUGUCGGAAUCUUGAUAAACAACUUUCCAAUUUUA